AUGAGCAUGGUGCCCGACCAGAAGAGCUGGAACAUCUCGCCUAAGGCCAAGUCCAUCGCCGACAGCCCGUGGAACCAGGAAGUCGAGGGUCACGUGAUGGUCUGGACUGGCGAAGGCGGCACCUGCAGGGUCAAGUCAAUCAAGCAGGGUCAGGCGUGCUUCUUCGAUGGGGUGCUCGACUCCUUCUGGAUGUAUUCUCGCAUGGCUGGGGUCUUUGAGGAUGUCCAAUCCUUCGAGGACAUGCCCUACCUACCUUGUCGACCGACUCGGCAGAGAUCCAAUAAGCCGUGGGCCGCCUGCGAUAUCCACGCUGUCAAGAUGUCGAAGCAGUGCCCGAUCGUGAGGCCGCCGCCUGUCAUGCCGUCCAAGACGGCGGAGUUCCCCGAGCUCGAGCAGGUGGACGGCCAGGACAAGCUGGACCAAGCCCGGACCACCUUCUGCGAGGGCGCGGAGGCCGAGCCUCAAUACCUGUUCGGCUGGAGCGAAGCCCGUGCCGAGAAGUAUCCAGGUCGAGGUACAGUUCUGGAGAUCGCAGUGCGGCAGCUUGUCCCCAGGUUGUCCAGCCCCCUCGCCGAUCGGGGCCCCGCGAGGGCCCGGCGAUGGGCUGCGGGCGAGCUGGCCUGGCUUGGCCGGCUGGUGUGUUUCGUCCUGCGAGGCCACCCUGAGGCCGAGCUUGGGGAAGCUGCCACACACGACGCAGGAACGGUCCUAACGCCGAGCAAGACGGAUAACUACCAGAGACUCAUCGCCAACUUCGAAAGGGAUGGCGACGACUUCUACAAGCUGCACACCACUGGCAGCAAAUGGAGAACUGGGGGACCACGUUCCUCACCGCGCUGA